UUAUGAACUCCCUUGGGAGAGUAUUUAGAAAUCCGCUAAGCAAUCUUUUUUUGUUAUAAAGGAGGAAUCAUAAUUGGUUUAUCGUAUAGAGAAUCAAUUAAAUUAACUAAGUAGAGGACUUUGAAGUUUCCAAUAAUUUAGAAGUGAAAACAGAAAAAAAAAUACUCACCAACACAUUAAUUUCCAAGUUUGACAUCUACUAAACCAAUUUAAUAAGAUCCUAAAGCAGUAGAAAAUAUAGAAUAAGUAUUGAAAUAGAAGUAAUCUAUUCUCUAAAUUGCUUUACAGGCUUAACAAAUAUUUUAUAAUGAUCCACUAGGAGGAGGAGGAAAGAAAUAAUACUAAC